AUGAGGACACUGUAUAGUGCAGACAUCUGGAUGCACAUUGUCGACAAUCUCUCCAUCGGUUCGGUCUUUGCAAUGACGACAGCGGGGAAGCAGGCGACCAAGCUUCUCCGCUCCGCCCAAGCCGCUAAUCCCCGCUACUCUCUCGGCGGCAAGACUUGUAUGCCGACUAGCCGACAAAGUUCCACCACGCUGCCCAAGGCGAGAGACUUCAACGUCAUAACCUUCCACGACGCCGUUGUGAAGCUUGCCAAUGGCAUUCCUCCAUCAACCUCAUCGCACUCCGAUCUGGCUUUUGCCUUCUGGCUGCAAGGCGAGGCUGUUGCUGCCACUGUCCAUGCACCUCGCGCGUCACUGGUCCAGCUCCAACGGCAAAGCUUGUCAUCAACCCGUUUUCUCUACCAAGGGCCGCUAGAGAAGUUUCGGUGUCAGCCUUCUCAGUCUGCUUAUCUGCAAUCGAUCCUUGACGCUGUCGCCAAGCCCGUGGACACUUGGUCACGACACUCAACAAUCACUCUGAGCCGUGCGGACAAGGCCACCGGUCGCUUCUACGCUCCACCUCUGGGGUCGGCCGGAUCCACUCAUCGAAUGAGUGGGACCUUCUGGCGGCUUUCUUGCGGCUCCUUGGUCUGCAUCACUGUACUUUCAGACCAGCAGCCCUGGUGUUGA